AUGGAUCAUAGGACAUGUGACCUUGACUACAUACCUGAUAAAUGUGCAGGGAUUGGGGAAAGUGAUGAGUGCAGACAGGUUUUGAGCGAAUUGGAUCGGAAGGUGAAAGAAGCAGAAAAUAUUAUUCAACUGGCAAACAUUAAAAACAGUCAAGUCGAUUCUUCCCAUGAAAACACUACAAUAGAAAUUAUUAAAUUCAGAAAGGAGAUCGAUGAUCAACUGAAUGAAAAACAGAAGAAAAUGGAACUUCUUGCUGAUGAAAGGAAGUCUACCGAAAAAGAAAAAAUCCAGAGAGUACUUGAAACUUGUGUCAGCGUUUCUUCAGAAAUGAAAGAAGUUCAGACAUGUCUACAAGAUAACAAAGCUGUAAAACAGGAUGCACAACUUUAUAUCACCAUAAAGCGUGCCAAGUCUAAGCUCAGCUCAAACGAAAUAAAGAAAGCUGAAGAAGCUUUAGAAGACACGAAUGUCAGCUACGUGUUUGAGCCCAGCAAAGAUCUACAGAAGAUGCUGUCGGGAUCGGAUGACUUUGGGACCCUUAGCUCCCAAAGCACUGAUUUACCGAGAAAAAAGUCACCAUUUGGCGUACUGACCUCAAUUCGGAAUAUCAAAUCAAAAUCAGGUAGUUACAUCUCAGGAUGUGCUGUUCUUGCCGGAAACAAAGUUUUACUGGCUGAUCGUUCUCAACAAGACACACUAAGUGUCAUCGACACAGAGAGUGAUGUAAUAUCAGAGGAGAAACCACUAGUCUCGGAUCCAUGGGACAUUGCCGUACUACCUCAGAACCAGAUUGCUGUAACAAUGCCAAAUUGGCGGGAGAUUCUUGUAAUGUCAACAGCUGGUAAGCUGUCAACUAUUCGCAAGAUUGACGUGAAAGGAAAAUGUUACGGUAUAACGUAUGGUAAAAACCACCUUUACGUUGUUUGCUGCAAACCUGUCAGUGUACUUUCAAUGGAUGUUCAAGGAAAUGAUCAGAGGAAUAUUUUUCCAAAUAGUGAAAGGUUUGACAAUCUACGUUAUUGUGUCGUAAGCAAUGAAUCUAGUACAAUCUAUAUCAGUGAACAUACGUCUGACUCAAUACUAAGAUUAACACUUAAGGGUGAAAUGUUGUCCAUAUUCAAGCACGACGAUUUGAAAGCACCAGAAGGAAUGGUAAUAUUAGAUGAUGGAUCAUUGCUGGUAUGCAGCUUUGGCAACAACACAAUUCUACAAGUUUCCGAGGACUUGGAACACUGUCAGAAGGUAGCUACCGUAGAACACCCACAAUCUAUAUGCUACAAUGAUCAUCAACAAGAGAUUUAUAUCGGUACCUAUAAACGGGAACUGCUUUUGGUUUUCAGUCUGAAAUAA